AUUUCUCUCCACGACUGAUUUCCACAUCGGCCUCUCUCUCGACUAUCCGUGCGAGAACAACGGGCUGUCUCUGUUCUGUUCUAGGGUUCCUGAGUCCAACAAAUCUGUGUAUUCAAUCCCUGAGCCAUUCUUCAGCUCUCUAAUCGAGUGGAACUUUCUUCUUCAUCGCCUACCUUUUCUGUGGCUUUCCAGUCGUAAAACUAGCUAGUUUUCAACCAGUUAAUUUAGGUUCUUCCGAGGGAAGAGAAAGCUAAGAAAGGCUAAGGCAUGUGUUUCAGAAGUAUAGGACAUCCCCAUGAUAUGUAAAACUUCUUCAACGGCAUAAUGAGCAACAGCGAAUUUGAUGGACAGGUUUUGGCUGAGAAAUUGUCGAAACUCAACAAUUCGCAGCAAAGCAUUGAAUCUUUGUCUCGUUGGUGUAUCUCUCAUCGGAAGAAGGCAAAACAGAUUGUGGAAACGUGGGCUAAAUUGUUCAACUCUUCUCAGAGGGAGCAGCGUGUUUCUUUUCUGUAUUUGGCCAAUGAUAUUUUGCAAAAUAGUAGGCGGAAAGGCAGCGAGUUUGUGAAUGAAUUCUGGAAAGCUCUUCCUGCAGCUCUCAGGCAUGUUUACGAAAAUGGUGAUGAAUAUGGAAAAAAAGCAGUAACCAGACUGGUUGACAUAUGGGAAGAAAGGAAGGUUUUUGGUUCUCGAGGGCGGAGCCUCAAAGAUGAAAUGCUGGGUAAGAAUCCUCCUCCCCUGUCUGUGAGUAAUGGAAAGAGUUCAAAUCCAAUCAAGAUAGUGAAGAGGGAUGCAAACUCAGUUAGAAUUAAAUUGGCUGUUGGAGGUCUUCCGGAGAAAAUAUUAACUGCAUUUCAAUCUGUUCUUGAUGAACAUCCUACUGAAGAAGCUGCCUUAAGCAAGUGUAAUGCCACUGUACACCAUUUGGGUAAAAUUGAGGAAGAUGUUGAAUGUACCUUAACACAAGGAAAUCAGCUGGGAUCUACUGUAGUGGAUGAGCUGCACGAACAGGAGGAUAUUCUUAAGCAAUGUGUUGGGCAACUUGAGAGUGCAGAGGCAACUAGGGCUACCUUGAUUUCCCAGCUUAAAGAAGCACUUCAGGACCAAGAAUCAAAGCUGGAAUUUAUUCGCAGCCAGUUGCAGGUUGCUCAGGAUCAGAUUGGGCGAGCAAGCAAUAUUAGGAACAGGCUGACAUCACCCACUGUUCCUGGCCCCGCAGCCACUACCAUGAACCCUAAAACAGAGGGAACAAGGGUUGCAGAACAGAAUCUGCCUUCAGUUCAAUCGACCAGUACCCUGCCUCAGCUUCCUCUUUUGCAACCUGUGGUUUCUUUUGCUCCUCUUAGAACUACUGAAGAAGAGAACAAGAAAGCAGCAGCUGCUGCUGUUGCUGCUAAGCUUGCUGCCUCUACAUCCUCUGCACAGAUGCUUACCUCUAUUCUUUCAUCCCUCGUUGCAGAAGAAGCUGCCUCCAAGAAUGGUAUCAUAAAUUCAACUGCAUUUAGUUCAGCACUAACCGUGUUCCCUCCAGAAAAACGGCCCAAACUUGAGAAACCAAUGCCUGCUCCUGACGUUAGCAGUUCUGAUGUCAGCAGCACAACCUAUUUUACCCCUCUACAACAGCAACCAAUGACCAACGUGGCACCUGCACCAUCAAGUAGCUUGCAACCCACUUCACAAGCCAACCAGAUGCAAGGUCCCUUUGCUGCUCUACCACCACCACCUCCUCCUCCACCCCCACCUUUAUCUCCUGCAACUACAGCAGUGAGUCAAUAUGUCCAAUCUGCUGGUUUGGUUGUGAUGCCUUAUGGGUAUGGAGCAAAUACCCUACCCCCUCCACCUCCUCUUCCUCCACAUGUUGCGAUGAAUUUGGCAAGGCCUGCCACCCAGCCUCCAGGACAGGGACAGCCUCAGCCUCAGCAAUCACAACAACAGCAACAGCCAGCCACUGGAGGAUUUUACCGGCCAGCAGGUAUCGGAUUCUAUGGGCAAAGUCAUCAACCAACACCACCACCAGUACCUCGGCAGUGAGUUUCCCUUGAAUCAUUGAGCCACAGAUAUUCUGUGGGGCAUUGAGUGCCUGGGUUAUGGGCAAAGACAUCAGUGUCAAAACCUUGCUUGUAAGUUCCUCUUGAAAUCACGGAGGCUGGAUGGCCACUGAAGAGGCAUUGUGUUGUUUAUGUAUAUUAUUAGAAAGUUAGUGAUGUCUUCUAGACUUUAUCCUGCAUGCAACUCUCCUUUAGAUUUCACACCUUCCCAACCCAAUAAUUGAAAAGGAUCCUUUGAUGCCCGCAAACCAGGCGAGAUGGUGCUUCAAUUAUAGUCCUCUAGUAUCUUGCUGCUGUACGGACUGGCAUCGAAUCUUAGGAACAACAAAGAACCUGAUCGGUCUCACUAACGUGUGCAAUGCUUCCGACAAUUGCAUGUACCUUGCACUCUAUGUGAGGGUAAACCCCGCCCAGCUGCCUCCACAGCCGCUACUUAACUGACUAAACAAUCCCUGUCAACCAUUUCAGUUAUCAGCUUUCUUUGGAUGCAGCCUCUGGAAAACUAUCACGUAAAACUUCAUCUGUGUUUAUCAGACGCUACCUUUUCAGUUUGACUGUUCAAAAGUAACAAGAUUAAAUAGGUAAGCUAUUGUAAUUAUAAUGCUAUAAUUUCUAGUGCAACUGUUCUCAGCUAGUGUCUUCUUGUAGGAUUGUGGUAGCAAGAAGCCAAUUAGGCUGUGUCUGGAUUUGGUAGUUA